AUGGACCCUAGCACCACCGAUCCCGAUAUGCUGAUCGCGGAGUAUGACGCCGUCGAUGAAAAGCCAGAACCAGCUGUCAUACAUCCUGAUGAUGCUGCCGAGGAGCCGGAAUCAGAACCUCUUGCCAACGACUAUGAAGCAAUGAAGGCCCGGUUUCUGGCCCCGUUUCCAGAUCUAGAGAUAGAAGGCGAAGCAGUGUCCACAUGGACCGUCGAGAACUACAGGAAUCUCCAGCAGAAAGAAAGAGGACCAACCUUCGAAUGUGAAGCUGGGAACAACGUGGAAGCCGCAUCUCUAUAUCUAGAGCAAGGAAGGGAGGAGGGCAAUCUAGAGGACAAGCCGCGAGAAGAAAUGACAGCUUGCGUGCAAUUCACCCUGGUAUUAUGGAAUAAAAACGACCCAUCAAUUUACACCCACCACAGUAUGCAGGCUCACCUUGGUGUGAAAAGUGGAGAGACUGACCGAGCUUUAGCGGCAAAUCAUAGAUUUACAACAGAAGAGAGUGAUUGGGGCUUCACGAGGUUUGCAGAGCUGAGGAAAAUGUUCGCUCCUCAAUGGGAAGGAAAGGGCCGACCGAUGGUCGAAAACGAGUCUGUAAACGUGACAGCUUAUGUUCGCGCCUAUAAAGACCCUACGGGUGUCUUGUGGCACAACUUUCAGAACUACAACUCGAAGAAGGAGACUGGGAUGGUAGGGUUGAAAAACCAAGGUGCAACGUGCUAUCUGAACUCUCUCUUACAAUCCCUAUACUUCACAAACGCAUUUCGGAAGGCAGUCUAUCAAAUACCUACGAACCAAGAUUCGGAUCGGGCCAAGAGUGCUUGGGCACUUCAACGACUUUUCUAUCAAGUGCAGACAAAUGAAGACGCAGUCUCGACUCAGGAAUUAACGCAAUCCUUUGGUUGGGAGACAAGGCAUAUCUUUGAGCAACAAGAUGUCCAGGAAUUAACGCGAAUUCUCAUGGAACGUAUGGAAGAAAGAAUGAAAGGCACUGAGGCAGAAAAUGCUUUGGCCAAGAUGUUCAGUGGCAAAAUGAAAACUUACAUAUCUUGUAUCAACGUAGAUUACGAAUCCUCGAGGAUAGAAGACUUCUGGGACCUACAACUGAAUGUGAGCGGGAAUAAGAAUCUAGACGACAGUUUCAGGGACUAUAUCCAAGUCGAGACUAUGGAUGGAGAGAACAAAUACUACGCCGAGGGGUUCGGUCUCCAAGAGGCUAGAAAGGGUGUCAUUUUCGACAGCUUUCCUCAGGUUUUGCAUCUGCAAUUAAAGCGUUUCGAAUAUGAUCUGAACCGAGACGCAACGAUGAAAAUCAACGACCGCUAUGAGUUCCCAGAGACUUUCGACGCAACACCAUAUCUAUCAGACACAGCCGACAAAUCCGAGCCCUACAUCUAUAAUUUACACAGCGUCCUAGUCCAUAGCGGUGAUUUCAACGCGGGUCACUAUUAUGCCUUCCUGAGACCAAGUGCAGAGGAUCAAUUCUACAAGUUCGACGACGACCGUGUGACGCGGGCGACCUUGAAGGAGUCAAUGGAGGAAAAUUUUGGGGGUGACUACACAAAUAAACCUAAUGGAGUGCCAGUGCGAAAUCCUUAUACAAGGACCUUAUCAACCAAAAGAUCUAUGAGUGCUUAUAUGCUGGUGUACAUACGACAAAGUCGAAGGAAGCACGUUCUCCAUGAGGUUUCUGAAACAGACCCUCCACCACAUCUUGCGCAACAACUCCAAGAAGAACGUGCGGCUGUUGAACGCCGGAGAAAGGAGAGGGAAGAGCAACAUCUGUACCUAUCAAUCUGGGUGGUCACCGAGGACAAUUUUAGAGCCCAUCAAGGUUUUGAUCUUACGAGCUGGGAUGCCGAUAACGACACGCCGUCCAAACCGCUCCUGCAUCGAGUUCUCAGAGCUUCCACAGUCGCUGAACUGACGCAGAAGGUCGCCGAGAGCCAAAAUAUUGCGGCAGACCACAUUAGAUUGUGGGUCAUGGUCAACCGGCAGAACAAAACAGUUCGCCCAGAUCAACCUCUUGAAGAUCCAAAUAUGACGAUUGAGAACACCUACGUCAAGCAUGGAGCUAGAGAUAGGAGCUUUCGCUUAUGGGCUGAGCAAGCAUCAGUAUUUGACAACGGCAAACCUGUAUGGCCUGACUUACAGGUUGUGAAUAAGAAUGAUCCCCCUAUCUUAAUUUUUUUGAAACACUUUGAUGCAGAGCAGCAGACCUUGAUGGGGGUAGGGCAUGUCUACCUGAAAAAACACUCGAAAGUUUCAGACAUGUUCCCACUGAUUUCCCAAAUAAUGGGCUGGACUCCUAAAUCAACCAACCUCACAAAUGGGCUAACGAAUGGCGCCAUCUCAACACCGACUAUCGCCUUGUACGAAGAGAUCAAGAGCUCAAUGAUAGAGCCAAUGAAGCCAAAAGCAACACUGCAACAUGCUGAAAUUCAGGACGGUGACAUCGUUUGCUUUCAGAAACAGAUUUCAGAGAAGCAGACUUCUAUGAUAGCCGCUACGGGAAGCUAUACGGAUGCAAGAGAAUUCUAUGAUUACCUUCUGAAUCGAAAGCAAGUCACCUUUUCGCCAAGAGGCUUGGUAGAAGACCCAGAAGCCACCUUCAAGCUGGACUUGAGCCGGAGAAUGUCUUACGAGCAAUAUUCUGCCAAGGUCGGAGAGAAAUUGAAAGUCGACCCAACACAUAUACGCUUUUCUACUGUCAACUCGGUCACGCUGAAACCAAAAGCAAUUGUCAGACGCAACGCAGCUCAAAGUCUAAGCCAAGUCUUGAGCCCUUCCUUUGGCACGUAUGGCAACAGCAACCAACGAGAUGACGCGCUAUAUUAUGAGGUCCUUGAAAUGAGUUUGAGUGAACUUGACACCAGGAAGAACCUCAAGGUAGUAUUCCUCACAGAGGGUCAAUCUAGAGAAGAACUCCAUGAUAUCCUUGUGCCAAAGAUGGGCGUCAUUUCCGACCUAGUCGAUGGGUUGGCUAAGAAAGCCUCCCUUAACAAAGAGACGAUGCAGAACUUGCGAAUAUAUGAAAUUAGCAGCGGAAGAAUCCAUCGGGAAUACAGAAUGGACACACCCCUGACCACAAUCACGGAAUAUAGCAGUCUGGUUGCUGAGGUCAUACCUGAGGAGGAGCGCAAUCUUGAAGAUGAUGACGUUCCUAUCUGUUGCUUUCACUUUGACAAAGAGCCAAACAAAGCACAUGGUAUCCCUUUCAAAUUCGUCAUCAAACCGGGUGAGGUAUUCUCUAAAACGAAGGAGCGAUUGUCAAAAAGAACAGGUCUUAAAGGCAAACAGUUCGAAAAAAUUAGAUUUGCAGUCAUACAACGAUCUAUCUACGCUAAGCCGAUAUACCUCGAUGACGAGAAUAUAGUCUCCGACGUCGCGCGGCCUCCAGACGAUUGCAUAGGCCUGGAUCAUGUAAAUAGAAGCAAAGCGUUUGGAGGCAAAGGGGACUCGAUGUUUAUCCGGUGA